GGGAAGCAGCCUGCUUCUGGCCAGGGAGUGGUAACCUGGAGACCGCAGUCCGAAGACGCCACGACGGAGGUGUCUUUAUGGACUCCUCCCUGGACGCUUUGGAGCUUGGCUUAUAAUUGCAUCUCUGAGGAUUCUUGGGUUGCUGUGGCAGGGGAUUGAAGGGGGCACCGAGGUUACAAAAGCUGUGACUAUUUUACAGAACCAAAAGAUGAGUCUCUGAAUACCUAGAAUGCCGGGGAGAAAUCGCCUGUUCCUUGGACCAUUUAGAAUCUAAUGCCACUCUGAUGAGAUGUUGGUGGGGUUUUUGGCCUUGAAGCACUUCUGUGGAGCAGAUGUAAUUAAUUGAUGCUGUUCUCUGAAGUAUUAAAUCUUACUGAUCAGUGUUGCCCCUGUUUCUUCAUUGCUCCAGAAUCACAGGUAAAGUGACCUCGUGAAUAGGAAUGCUUGCCCAAAUAUCAGGAUUGAAGAUAAUGGAUGAAGAUCGAUUAAUCGAAGAAGUCUUGGAUAAGUUUGUUAAUUGUCAUGAGCAAACAUAUGAAGAAUUUCUGGGCACUUUUACUCAUCUUUCUAAAGAGGAUGAUGUGACCAAAAUGGGAGCAUUUGGAACCAAUUCUUCAGGAAACAUAUUAACUUCAGCAAAAUUUACUCAUAAAAAUGAAUCUAAUGACCGUUGUCUUAGAAAUAAAACCAUCUUUCUUCAUACUUCAUCACAAUGUUCGGAAAAAGAACAGAUAGUGGUGAAUGAAGGCCAAAAAGUGGGCAGUUCCUUUCAAGGUGAUCUGAAUCGGGCAGGAAAAGUGAAGGUAAACAAUUUCCUAGAUUUAGAAGAUUUGGACAUGGAUGAAGAGAUUAAGCCCCAAAUGAGCAAGGAUUUGCUGCUGCUUCCAGGAGAAGUGGAACAGGACGUAAGCACCAGUGUUCCUUCUUAUUUUCCUUCCAUGGGCCAGCCUCUCGCCCCUGAAAUGAAGCCAAAGCCCGCUGUAAAAGGAAUGAACAAACCAAUGGAAGAGGUCCUGCACUGGGAAUUCAAUCAGUCUCGACACUGCCUGGAUUUGAUACCCAGAGAUGAAGUUCAACCCUUCUCACUUGAUGAAGAAUUUGAUUAUGACAAUGUGGCACUAACCCCCAAAUUCACUGCUGCAGAGAUAGAGACCAUCAAAGAGCUUUGCAAGCAAGAAAGAAAGAACACCAACACAGAUGUAGAGGAGCCCUGUGACUGAUUUGCUAAGGCAUCUCUGUGUUUAUUUUUAUUUUGCUCUUAUUCAAGCAACAUUAGAAUAAAAGAUUAACCUACUAUAAGUCCCUUUAUGGAAA